AUCGUCACGAGUAUUUGGCAAUGGGCAAUUACAUGAGGCUUUUCAGUUUUUCUUGCAUGGCACUGGCGAUUUUUGAACAGUGCGCUGCGGGCAUCGGUGAUGUGCACACGUCAGCUUCGUCAGUCGUGCGACUGGCGGAAGUGGAAGACGAGGUCGUUGCUGUCCUUCGUGAGCACCUGCAGCAGCAAGACCGCAGGCUCGACACUGUCAGGAGAUAUGUUGAUGGAUGGAGUAAAGACAGCAGCAGUCAGCUGAGUAAUCCUGUCGCGAGUUACCAUCUGUUGCGACGCCUCACUCUCGACUACAGCGACGUGCUGGAUGCUAUCGACUCAGUCGACCAAAUCAGAGAUGUACGACGUCGCCUGGCGUCAGUGAAGGAGGGCUUGACGCUCCCCAAGGAAGACGACCUGAAUGGGGCGGCGCUGGCACUAGUGCGUCUCCAGGACACCUAUGACCUGCCCUUCGAGGAACUCCUCCAGGGGAGGAUCUUGGAUGCUCCUCAAGCCUCUCAUCUAACUGCUGAGGAUUGCUUGCGCUUCGGGCAGCAAAGUUUCGUCAACUUGGAAUUCGACCUGAGCGAGCGCUGGACGCAGCGCGGCCUGACUCUGCUGCGUGAGAAGCGCGUGCUCUCUGCCGCGGAGAACCGCAAGCUCCACGAGACUGUCCAGGCUAUGAACAAGCGCAGAAAAAUGAGGCAGAUGGUAGAAACACUGGCCAAGGAAGCUUCGGAGCAGGUGCUUGAUGAAUUCUCCGGGAUGGGCAUUCCAGGGAGUUUCCAGAAGACGAUUUAUUCGAUGCGCGACGGCAGCGAACAUGUCGACCAGCUCACAGACAACUACCACCGCCUCUGUCGGGGAGAGAUGCUCCAGUCGUCAGAGGUGCUGUCCUCCCAGCACUGCGGCUACGUCCACGAGGCCGUGCCCUACGGUGCCUUGCUGCGCUUCAAAGCGGAACUCGUGUGGCCGGACCCGGCCAUCCUCCUCUUCAGGGACGUCGUCAGCGACGCAGAAAUCGCUGAAAUUAAACGCUUAGCGGAGCCUGAACUCCAGACCACAGAAGUCCAUUCUUUCGUUACACACAAGAAAAUGAAGUCUCUCGCUAGGAUCGGAAAAACCGCGUGGGUGAGCUCUGGACGCAGCAGGACAGUGGACGCCGUGGUGCGCCGUGUCGCGAGCAUGACGGGCUUGUCCACGACCAAGGCCGAGGACUUGCACGUCCUCAACUACGGCGUGGGAGGCCACUACGACGUCCACGUCGACUUUUUCGACCUCAAUAACCUGUGA